AUGGUGCACUUCUACGACUCAAUCUCUCCAGAUCUAGAAGAAUGGAUCAUGAAACAGACAUGCUUCUUCACGGCUUCAGCCCCGCUCCGUGGGCAGCACAUCAAUUGUUCUCCCAAAGGGCUGCCCGCAUCAUCAUUCAGCAUUCUCAACCCGAAUCUAGUAGGCUACGUCGAUGCGACAGGCAGCGGGAUCGAGACGAUCAGUCACAUACAGGAGAAUGGGCGGGUGACGAUACUGCUUUGCUCAUUUGAUGCUACUCCGAGGAUCAUGAGGCUGUUCUGCCGAGGCAGGGUCAUUCCCUGGGACCAUUCGGAGUUUGACAACUGGCGGAGCAGGAUGGGUAACAAGCACUUCGAGGGGAUGCGCGCGGUGAUAUUAUUGGAUGUCUGGAAGGUGCAAACAUCGUGUGGAUAUGCAGUACCGUAUUUGAAUCUCAGACCAGACCCGGAGAAUGCUGAAAAGAAGGUACCUUAUCUUGAGGAUCGCCAAACGUUGGGGCACUGGGCCAAGAAACAGAUCGACAAUAAGACGAUGAACGACUACCGCGCUACUUUCAACAGUCGGUCGCUGGACGGUUUGCCCGGACUGCGAGUCGCCAGAAAGGAUAAAGGAGAGCUGCUAUUGCUUCGGGAUAUAGAGGCACAGGUGUUGAAGCGAAAUGGCGUGCAGAUUGUGCUUGUGGCGCUAUUGUCGUCGGUCGUGACCGCGGUGGUGGUGCUAUUCCUGACUGGUCACACGAGCCUGCCAGACAUAACGAAUAGCUUCAUGUCGAGGAUCGGCGGCAUUCAGUAG